AUGUCGAAGGAAUACACAUACGCCGACGUCUCGUCGCACUCGAGCAAGAAGGAUCUGUUGAUGGUCAUCCACGACAAGGUCUACGAUACUACUGCUUUCGUUGAUGAGCACCCAGGUGGAGAGGAGGUUUUGCUUGAUGUUGGUGGCCAAGACGCAACUGAGGCCUUUGAGGAUGUUGGACACAGUGACGAGGCACGAGAGAUCCUCGAGGGUCUGCUGGUUGGAGAGUUGAAGCGCCAGCCUGGUGACCCAUCACCCAAAGUUGCCGCCCCAUCUGGCGCCACAGCUACGUCAGGCGAUAACACUGGUAUGGGCGUGGGUCUUUAUGCUAUCAUUCUCAUUGGUGUCGGUCUUGCAUACGGCGUCUUCCAAUACACAAAGAGCCAAGAAGGAAAGGCAUAG